AUGCCUGCGCCCGCCUCAAAUAAGCGCAACAAGCGCAUCAGUCGCAACCUCAUAAUCGGCUCCGAAGCCUGGCAGCUGCCGCCAGUAGGCCACCCCGACCGCCCCAAGGGCGUACCCGACGACCACACGAAGCGCUGGACCGUAUACGUGCGCGUACCCGACGGCGACCCCGACAUCCGAGCCUGGCUGAACAAAGUAUCGUUCAAAAUAUUUAACACUUACGAGAAUCCUUUGCGCAUGGUAGAGAAGCCACCAUUCGAGGUGACCGAGACAGGAUGGGGAGGUUUCAACAUCGACAUAAGACUGCACUUCCAGCCCAUCUCCGGCGAGAAGGCGCAAUACCGACAACACUUUCUGCAACUAGAGAAAUAUGGUGACGAAAAGAUGCAAGCAGAGCAGGAGCGAACAGGCUGCGUGCGCUCCGAGUUCCUCGAAGUGGUGCAGUUUAACGAGCCCACCGAAGCCCUCUUCGACGCCCUCACAUCGGAAGACCAGUGGAACUACCUCAUACCCGCCGGCAAGGGAGGCUCUAAGAAAGCCUCGCUCGGUGCGAACGGCAGGCUCAGACGCGGUCUGCCCAACGGCGAGCGCAGCGCCCAACUGCCGGAGAAGGGUGCCGACGAGGUUCCUUUCAGCCAGGAACAAGAGCAGGCGCUGCAGGACUUCUUCAAGCAGAAGAUGGAGGAUGUGGAGAGGCAGUUGGAUAAAGAGGCGAAGAAGAAGGAAGAGGUAGAGGCUAAGCUCAAGGCAUUGCGUGGUGAGCUGGGGCACGAGGCCGCUCAGCAGGCUGCGCAGCAGGCUAGUGGUGAUAGGAGCCGGCGCAGGUGA